AUGUCCAACACCAAAAACCUACAAGAGGAUGAUAACGAUUGUGAUGAUUGGUUCAAUAAGGAUGAAGAUGAUUUCGUUGUAAACAUACCAAACAAAGCUGCCGCUGAUGGCGAAGGCACCAAGGAAGAAGCUGCCCGCGCACCGGAAACAUCCGUCAGGGAUAUGCUGGACAAUUUAAAAUUCACACUGAACGACGAAGGUGGCAAUUAUGUGGACUCGAUCAAGCACGCCACAUCGGGCCGUACAGCCAAAUUCGAGCUGCCGAAAGGUGCGCCCGGAAAGUACGUACAAACCAUUCCACUCACAAAGCUUUCAAACAUACUGGAAAACGAAACACUCUCAAUGUUUGCCGAUAUUUACGUGCAGAAGGAAGAAUUUAUCGCCACACUGACGAAGAAAACGUACGGCGAGGAGUUACUGUUGGUAUUGAUGAAAAUAAUGAACAAACUCAGCACGAUUCCACUGUACGAAACGGUCAAACAGCUGUUCGAGAUACUCGUCGGUCAGCAGCAACUUUGGGAACAAUUGCUAAAAUAUUUCCAGCAGCCGGCCGAAGGAGAAAGGAAGAAAAAGAAAAAAAGCAAAAUCGUACGUCCGACCAUUUCACGAAUUGAUAUGAUGGACGUUUUGGUGAAAUUUAUGACCGAAACAAGGCAUCAGCUACCGUUGGUACCCCAGCGAGUGGUGGAGUUUUGUGAUAAGUUGAGCCGAAUUUUACCACCGGAUGAUAAGAAACAAAUCGAACAGUUGCAUGAAUUGUUGGUGCAAAACAACACGAUGGCUGCAGAGCGCCCGGCCAAACAAAUCAGUAUUUAUCCUACCAUCAGCGAACUCAAGGAUGGUGCCGGACCAUCGAUGAAUCUGAAGCAAAACAUCGUAAAAGGGAAGUAUGAAAACGUCGAACACUAUCUGGAAGUUCAUCUGCACCUGCUCAAGGAGGACUUCCUUAUCCCGUUGCGCACCGGUAUAGAGAAGUAUCGAAAGUUUGUCGCAAAAAAUGGCCCUGGAAUAUCGUUUGCCGGCGAAAGCAUCCGUGUUCACUACCCCGUGAAGCUGCUGCUUCCCAGCACAGUGAAUCGGCGCACCGCAAAGGAGCAACUAAUUCUGGUUGAUUUAGAUCCUGCCGAGCGUGGCUAUUCGACCGUUUCCGCGCGCUACAAACGCUUAGCACUGUCCAACACGAAACGGUUCAUGAACGGUUCGAUGGUGCUGUUCACCGAUGGUCCGGAGUUGAACGAACUGGUUGUGGCUGUCAUUAGCAAUCGUGACGCAGCUCAGCUGCUGAACGGAUACAUUUACGUGGAACUGAUCCGGAUGGAACGACAGCAGCAAGAAAACGAACAGUCGGCGUACGGGAUGAACCUGUUUAAUCGCCCACUGUUGAUGAUUGAGAGUGAAAUAUUUUUCGAACCGUACCAUCAAACCUUUAACGCGCUCGGCCGCUUGCGCGAGGACACAUUUCCGCUCAAAUCGUAUAUUGUCGAUGUAACGUUUCCGAGCAAAGGAUUGCCUCGGUAUUUAUCUCAGAGCAGUUCGGGGCAUCUUUUCAAUUAUGGCGGAAUUCAGUUUGAUCUCAAGAAACCAGACGAAUGGCCUGCUGUAGCAUUGACAAGGGCAGCCGGGAUGAAUGCGUCACAGUACGAAGCGUUUCGCAUGGCACUGACAAAUCAGUUUACGCUGAUACAGGGUCCACCCGGUACGGGGAAAACAUUCAUCGGAUUGCGGAUCGUUGAAACGCUACUUGCAAACACCGGCGAGCAAAUACUUCUCAUCUGUCUCACCAACCACGCGCUGGAUCAGUUUCUGUGCGGUGUUACACGAUACACGGACAGUAUCGUGCGGAUGGGUGGCCAAUCGAAGCACCCACUGCUGGACAAGUAUAACGUAAAGCAACUGCAGGAAGACGAACGGAUUGAUCGGCGGUUACGGAUAAGCUACUACAAUGUGAAGCAAGAGUACCUGAAGCUGGUUGAGCGAUUUGAUGCGUUACAGCAGGAGCAGGAAACGUCGGACAGUUUGUCGCGGGCGAUGGUCCAAUGUAUGGCAGAAUUGGUGGACGCUUCGCGGCGUCUUAACGAGCUGAGCCAGCUGAGCACACUGAAACUGAUACAGGGCUUCCGGGUGGUUGCCAUGACGACAACGUUUGCCGCUCGCAAUCGUACCCUGCUAGAGCUACUGCGUACACCGAUCGUAGUGAUCGAGGAGGCGGCCGAAGUGCUUGAAGCACACAUUGUGUCAACCCUCACACGGCACACCGCCCAAUGUGUGCUGAUCGGCGACCACAAACAGUUGCGUCCGACCACGAGCACCUACGUACUGUCGCGUCACUAUCGGAUGGAUUUGUCGUUGUUUGAGCGUAUGAUUAACAACCGAUUCAGCGCGGCCAUGAUGACCGUGCAGCAUCGAAUGCGUCCGGAAAUGGCGGAUUUAUUACGACCAACGAUCUAUCCUAUACUGGAGGAUGCUGAUUCGGUUACCGCACGACCGGAUGUAACUGGUAUGAUGCGAAACUUGUACUUCCUAACGCACAAUUAUCCGGAAGGAGGUGAAUCGGCGGACUCGACGGCGAGCGAUGAUGGAGGGGAUGAAAAGUCGAAAAAGAACCUUUUCGAAUGUCGGUUUCUGCUCGCACUUUGUGAGUAUUUGCUUGCCCAUGGGACGUAUAACGUGGAGGAUAUUGUUAUAUUGACGGCUUACAACGGACAGAUGUUGCAGUUCGUGGCGGAGAAGAAAAACCGUCCCACCCUGCACGGUAUCCGAAUAGCGGUUAUUGACAAUUAUCAGGGCGAGGAGUGUAAAAUCGUUCUCCUUUCGCUGGUACGUAGUGGCAGCGCAAACGGUGGCACCGAUACGAUCGGGUUUCUUGCGCAUGAAAAUCGUAUCUGCGUUGCGCUAUCACGUGCCCGGGAGGGGCUCUACAUGGUGGGCAACAUGUCGCUACUGGCCAAGUGCUCAAAAACUUGGUCCAGUAUCGAGAGGAAACUGCGUGAUAAGGCUGCGAUUGGCGAUACGAUGCCGUUACAAUGUGUGACACACGGACAGGCUGUGGAGGUCAAACUGCCCGAGGACUUUGGGGAGUUAAAAGAUGUAAGAUGCAUUUGCGGUGUACAACAAAAAUAA